AUGAUUGUUCAUACUCCUGAUUAUGCGAUUUGCUGGACCCAAUUACAGUUGCUACAGGCAACCAUAUGUGGUAUUAAGGAAAAUGAGGCAGCCACAUUGUCCUGUGUCCUGCAGCUAACUAAGCUAGCAUUUCAGUACGACUACUCAGAGAUAUUUAAUAUCUUGGUGGGGUUAUUAGAACAUUUCAUUCAGAAUACUCUUUUGAGUUUACCUGACUCCCCUGAUGCCGCUGUUCGGGCUUAUUGGCUUGACAGCCUGUCAACUCUUCGACUGCUAUGUGGUCUACGUAGCAUAUUGCUCCAAGAAGAUGUUCAAAUUCAACAACAAACCAAAGGCGACUUGUCAAGCAUUCUGCCCCCAGAACUAGAUAAGCUCAACCGAGUUGUCUCUUCUAUCAAAGCUGGACACUCAGUUAAAAUGAAAAGGGUAAGACAUCUGAUUUUGAGGAUGAGUUUAUGUUAUGCAAAUAAUUCAACCCUUGCACCCAUGAGCCACAUAGUUCCCAUGUUUUCUAGAACCGAUUUUAGGUAG